GAAGAUUUGUGGUUAUGAAUUUUGAAUUAGUUGUUUAUUUUUUCGGAUGGACUUUAUUAGUUAUAUAUUCAGUUUACUGUUUUUCAUUUAACUCUUUUCAAUAUUUCAGUUAUUAUGAAGACAUUUACAAUGAUUUUACAGAUGAUUUAUCAUUUUUACCAAAAAGAGAUAAAUCUGAUUUAGAAUGGGAACUAAUCGUAUUUAUGAUGAAACAAUAUUUUUUAUGGAUUGCGGUUUAUUUAAUAUUUUCAUACUUCAUUAAGAAACGGAUAAAACAUUUACAGGUGCUACAAUUAUGGCAAAUUCUUUUUACGACUACUUACAUAUUAAUAAAAUGGAAUUAUGUGUUUUUAUUUUUAAUAUUACUACAGCCAAUGGUAUUUCAUAUUUGUAGCCAUUUUAAAUAUAGAAUUUAUUCAGUGUGGAUCACCUCUGGAUUCUUCCUAAUAUUUUUAAAUUAUUUUAAAUCAACAGUCAGCGGUGAUUCGAUAGUAUUUCAUUUACUCAACGUUGAAGAUUUCGAAUUGUAUAUCCUCAUUUCCUCUCUUUUUUGGAUUAAUUUAAGAUGCAUAAGUUUUUAUUUAGAAACUGAUCAAAAUUAUAAUUUACUUGAAGUUUUAUCAUACUGUCUUUAUCCCCCAACAGUAUUAACAGGUCCUUUUAUUUUAUAUAAAGAAUAUCAAGCUAAUUAUUAUUUCAAAGAAGUUUAUUUGGUAACAUUUAAGCAAUUUUGUAAGAAUAUCUGCAGGACCAUAAUUUGGUAUAUUUUUUGUCACGUCUGUCUUCAUUUCGUAUAUGUAAGUGCUGCAGGUUUUCAUCCUCAGAUGAUUAAACAAUUCAAUAGCUGGUCUUUAUAUGGUUAUGGGUAUGCGAUGGGUCAGUUUUUUCACUUGAAAUACGUUGUUUUAUAUGGUAUGAGUACAAGUUUUGCAUCUUUUGAAGAUAUUAAAGUUCCUUGUUUACCUAGAUGUAUCGGUAGAAUACAUUUGUACUCUGAAAUGUGGAAGUUCUUUGAUCCUGGAUUAUACAACUUUCUUAUAAAAAGUAUUUAUCUACCGUUGACUAAUAUAACUACAAGUAAACCCAUACGAAGUUUUAUUUGUUUCUCUUUUGUUUAUGUAUGGCACGGUCUUGAUAUUCAUAUACUAAUAUGGGCGUUACUAAAUUAUUCUGGAUUAAUGAUUGAGGAUUUUUUAUGGCCUAAAAAAGUAAACGAAAAGAUAAUUGUAUAUAAACAAUCUUGGAAACGUAGAAAAGAUUGUUUUAUUGCAGCGUUUUUAUUGGGAUUAUCUGCUAUUUCGAAUUUUUACUUUUUCGCUGGUGCAGACGUAGGACAUUUGUUUUUUGAACGAAUAUUUUCAGAUUAUUAUGGGAACGUCAUAUUAAUUGUGGCUCUUUAUUGUUGCUGCCAAAUUUCUUAUGAAUUGAAAUUCCUUCCAGCUAAUAAAAUGUAGAAUAUAUUUGAAUAUACUUUGAAAUGGAUAAAUAAAUAAACAAUAUAUAUAUAUUAUAAAACGUUUUUCUAUACUUUAUAUAAAAUCUUAAUUUUGUAGUAAGUAAAAUUUUAAAUGAAAUUCUCUGUAUAUAGAAAUGUGAAAGGUUCCCCCACAGAAUAAAAGGUUUUCAAAUAGCAAUAAACAAUAUUUAUAUUGUUAGCGAAUACCAAAACAGGGCUCAAAAAAUAUAUAUAAAUAAACAGAUAGAAAUGUUAAUUUUUACCUGCCUUUCGAAACUAAUUUUUUAUCAAUAGAGAUCUAUGACUAACUAUUUUAUACUAAAAAAAAAGUCUAAAAAGUAAAAAGUUGAGAGAAAAAACAUUUCCAGUGAAUUUCAUUGUUUGUUAUUAAUUUUAAAAAGUAAUUAAUUGUCUUAUCCAAAUUUUCAUUUCUGUAAAAACUAAUUGUAAUAUUUGAAAAAGCAAUAAAAGUACCUUGAAA